CUUUCCCUUUUAUAUGUCCCCAGAUUCACCCAAUCGUUACAUCGAAAACCUUUUCCUUCAAAACACUCUUGCUUUCAAGCAAUCUAAACACUUAUUUUCUCAUCAAAUCGCUUUGACAUAUGGCUCGUACCAAGCAAACUGCUAGAAAAUCAACCGGUGGGAAGGCUCCACGUAAGCAGCUGGCCACUAAAGCUGCUCGGAAGUCAGCACCGGCGACCGGAGGAGUGAAGAAGCCUCACCGUUUCAGACCAGGAACUGUGGCUCUUAGGGAAAUCAGGAAGUACCAGAAGAGCACCGAGCUCUUGAUCCGAAAGCUUCCAUUCCAGAGGCUUGUGAGAGAAAUCGCUCAAGAUUUUAAGACUGAUUUGAGAUUCCAAAGCAGUGCCGUUGCCGCUCUUCAAGAGGCUGCUGAAGCUUACCUUGUCGGACUGUUCGAGGAUACUAAUCUGUGUGCUAUUCAUGCUAAGAGGGUUACCAUUAUGCCUAAAGAUAUCCAACUUGCUAGGAGGAUUAGAGGAGAGAGAGCUUCUCUGCAAAUCAUUAAUGAAAUUCUGUGGAAUUUAAACGGUUUCAUGAAAUCGGAACAUAUCCUUCAAAUUGCGAGAAUUGUUCAACACAUGGCUCGUACCAAGCAAACUGCUAGGAAAUCAACCGGCGGCAAGGCUCCACGUAAGCAGCUAGCCACGAAGGCUGCCCGGAAGUCAGCACCGGCGACCGGAGGAGUGAAGAAGCCUCACCGUUUCAGGCCAGGAACUGUAGCUCUUAGGGAAAUCAGGAAGUACCAGAAGAGCACCGAACUCUUGAUCCGAAAGCUUCCGUUCCAGAGGCUUGUGAGAGAAAUUGCUCAAGAUUUCAAGACGGAUUUGAGGUUCCAAAGCAGUGCCGUCGCCGCUCUUCAAGAGGCUGCCGAAGCUUAUCUCGUCGGACUGUUCGAGGAUACUAAUCUGUGUGCUAUUCAUGCUAAGAGGGUUACAAUCAUGCCUAAAGAUAUCCAGCUUGCUAGGAGGAUUAGAGGAGAGAGAGCUUAGGUCAGCUUGUUUUUAGUUGAUUGAUGCUUAGGAUUUGAGAUCUAAGCUUUUUGCUCAUUUUAUUGUCUUUGCGGUCUCUUCAAAUGUUUGGUGUAAAUCGUUGAAAACUUAAUGGAUGCUUUACCAUCA